UUGAACCGGGGCGGCGGUUGGGGCUCGGCAGUCGCGCUGUGUGGCGGUCGCCGCCAUGGGGGUCUCCAGCAGCACCCAGCCAGCUGGUGCCCGCAGCCAGCACCUGGCGCACGUCAGCGACCCGCGCUCCCCCAGCGCCGGCAUCCUGCGCACCCCCAUCGAGGUGGUGAGCUCCCCUGUGUGCAGCCCUCAGACCAGCCUCGCAGAGCUGCCUUCGAGCACCAGCCAGGACCGCGAUCCGCGUUCGCCUACGCCCGGUAUCUUCCGCACGCCCAUGAGAGCCGUGUCCUGCGACAGCGUGGACCGGCUGGUGAAGCAGCUCAGCGAGGUCUUCAGGACUGAUGCCGCACGUCGGGAGCCGGAGCAGCCGGCAGCGGCCUGUCCCGCUGAGCAGCCGGCCCAGGGGAGCCCUGCGGAAGCGGCUGUCCCAUCGGGAGAAGCAGCAGAGAGGCCACCCUCUCCCAGUACGGUCCCGGCUCGGCCAGCCCGCACCGCUGGGCCCGGCUUCUUCUCCGGGAGCAAGCCUGUAAGAUACAAGACCAACAACAAAAUCCUAGCAACAUCUGGUGGAACUGGCCGCUCUCCCCUCAGCAUCCUACAAGACGAUAAUUCCCCCAGUGCUCCUGCCCCUCGACAGGGUAAGAAGCACAUGUUGGGAGAGAGCCUUGGGGAAAAGAAGGAAGUGAUGGUAGAUCUGAGCAGGAGCUUCAAAUCUGGAAGCUGUGUUUGGAGUGACUUGAACAAAGAGAACCAACAAAGUUCUUUUGUGGAGAACUAGACAUUUCCUCUUCCAGGAUCUUGCUGUAAUUUGCUUCUAUGUUCUGGGAGUUUUCUGGAGUGAGAAAUCCUACAACAGACUGAAACUUCAGACUUGUGGUUGCUCUUCUCACCUAUCCCUGCAUGGGAAAGAGCACUCUUUCUCCCUCCAAGAUUUGCACAUCUUGUGUCCAGUACCACCUUCAGCUCUUCUGUUGUAUAUCAGCUGUAUUGACUUACUGCAGUGUUCUUAUCUGUAUUAAAUAAAUUUGUAUUAAAUCUUU